AUGAAAAACAUUACUAUGCUUUUCCUCUCUAUCUCCAUCUCCAUUAUCUUAGCUCCGGCGUCAUUGCCGUCGAUCGCGGCGGCGGAGUUCGCCGUUGACGGCGGUGGGGGGAAAGUAUUGGAGCUAGUUGAAUCCAAUUUCGAUGCUGCUAUUUCCAGCAAUGAUUAUAUAUUGGUCGAUUUCUAUGCUCCUUGGUGUGGCCACUGCAAACGUCUUGCUCCUCAGUUGGACAAAGCUGCUAGCAUUCUUGCUGAUUUGAAGCAGCCCAUAAGUAUUGCAAAGAUAGAUGCUGACAAGUACAAACGUGUUGGUUCAAAAUACGGCAUCGAUGGAUAUCCAACUUUAAAGAUAUUUAUGCAUGGAGUUCCAACAGAUUAUCAUGGACCAAGAAAAGCAGAUUUACUUGUACGAUUCUUGAAGAAGUUUGUUGCUCCUGAUGUGGCCAUACUCAAUUCUGACUCAGCUAUUUGUGAAUUUGUUGAAGAAGCCGGCACUAGUUUUCCUGUAUUCAUAGGCUUUGGUUUGAAUGAAUCUGCUAUAUCACCUUUUGCAAUAAAAUACAAGAAGAGAGCAUGGUUUUCUGUGGCAAAAGAUUUCUCAGAUAAAACCAUGGAAUUCUACGAUUUUGACAAAGUACCCGCUUUGGUAGCUCGGCAUCCAAACUAUGAUGAGCAAAGCAUCUUCUAUGGCCCCUAUGAAGAAAGCUUCAUUGAGGAUUAUAUCAAGCAGAGUUUGCUCCCUUCGGCUUUGCCCAUUACUGAAGAAACUCUGAGAUUGCUGAAAGAUGAUGAGAGGAAAAUUAUUCUAACAAUUUUGGAAGACGAGACUGAUGACAGGUCUAAGGGAUUAGUGAAACUCCUGAAAGCUGCUGCAUCUGCAAACCGUGAGUUUGUGUUUGUUUUUGUUGGGUUCAAGCAAUGGCAAGGGUUUGCUGAGUCAUUUGAAGUUUCUAAGCAAACUAAACUGCCAAAAAUGGUUGUUUGGGAUGGUGAUGAGGAGUACUUUUCAGUUGUUGGCUCGGACAGUAUUGAAGAUGAAGAUCAGGGGUCCCAAAUUACACGAUUUAUUCAAGGAUACAAAGAUGGAAAUGUUAUACAGAAACGUAUUAGCUCUGGUUCUUUCAUGGGUUUCGUGAACUCAAUGAUCGGGCUUGGAACAGUGACCAUCAUAGUGUUUGUGGUUGCUGUGGUGAUGAUGAUCCAGUCUUUAAAAGAGGAACCCUUAAGGGUUUGUACAAGAGAUGAGGGAGAUUAUCCGAGCAGCUCCACCUCUCAGCCAGACUCCAGACAGCCACUUCAUUCUGGAGACAAACAAGACAAGGAAGAUUAAGUUUUGCACUGCAUAAAUUAAUCACAAUAUGACCAAAAUUUUAGCUCGAGAAAUCGUCGAGUGGAGGACCAAACUACACGUCAAUCCCAGACUACUGUUAAGUUUCAUUCUCACCAUGAUCAUAGCCCUUGUUAUCUUAACCAAGUUACUUGAACAACAUACUUGGUAGGAUUUCUGUAUCCAGGGGUGUGGAAGGAAGAGUUUGUGCUUCAAUCUGCGCUGUUGAAUGUAACAACUUAAUGUUUACAAAUUUGGUUUUCCCACUGUAUAAAUGAGUCUAAAACUAGAAACGAUGCUGCUAGUUUUUAUUCUGUAUACAAUAUAUUUUAGCUCU